AUGUCGGAGCGCUGCCGAGCUGCGGUGGCCCAACUGGCAGAACAGCUGCCGGAUGGACGGCUGCGCAUCUGCAUCCUCGGGGGAACCUCCAUCCAGAGGAAGGAAAGCGAAGAGCUUGCGGGCAAGAUCGCACAGGGCCUGUCCUCCCAACUGGCUGGGCGGGCUUUUGUAUUCACAGAAGGCAUGCCGGGCAUCCAGCAGGCCUUUGCACGGCACUGCAGCGAUUCCAUGCUGCACAACGUGGUGCCCGAGGGCCAGGCGUGCAGUUGGCCUGGAACCGAGCUGCAGGCGGGCCAGAGCAUCUCCGAGCGAAAGGAGAUCUUCAGCCUGCUCGGCGAUGUCUACGUGGUGCUCGAAGGCGGUGCAGGCGUGGCCAAGCAGGCCCGCUUGGCCUCACGCCGCGGCGCCUGCGUGCUCCCCGUGACACGGACGGGCGGCGCCAGCUCGGGGCUCUUCCAGUUUCCCAGAAAGGCCUUGGAGAAGCCGGACUUUGCAGAGCAGGGGCACUGGGAUGCCCUCAGCGCAGAGGUGCCCAUAGCCACGACGGCUGAGGCCGUAGUGGCCAUGGUCGAGGCUGUUUGCCAACUUCCAGGUGGCUGCGGGCGGAGUCUGCAGGAACAACCUGACAGCGACCCCGAACUCGACGACCUUGUAAGUCCCAUGAGUCCUGACUCCUCCAAGCCCCUCCUUGACGAUGUGGGGCAAAGAGAGCGGUCCUUCGAAGGCUCCAAAGACAAGAGCCAGGACACCGUCCUUGCCCAGGGGCUUUCGGAGGAGGAGCUGGGCGCUGUGCGGGCGAUUCUGGGCCUCCAGAGAGGCUCCUCGAGCUCGGCGCCAAGCACUCACGAGAGCCCGCCCAAAGCAGAGGCGGCGCCUCUGGGGCCGAAGUCCUCCACACCCAUGCCCUUCCUCCAGAGGCCGGUCAUGCGUCACACGGUGGAGACACCCGUGCCUGGUGUCAGGAGCUCGGCUUGCUUCCGCCGAAGGAUGGUUCGGGACGCAUGGAACAUGCAGGAGAUUCUCUUGGCUUGGGCCAUCUCGCGUCAUCCGGGCCGGCGGGCACGGCAGCGCCAUGAACUGCCCACUCCACUGGCAGACGAGACGGAGUUCCGCUGGUAUUUCAACCUUCUCUUCCCGUCCUUGGAGAUCGAUCUCUGGGAAACUCGAGAUGCCGAAGACGUGGAUGCAGCGGUGGAGGAUUCAGCGGCGCGGCAGCUGCAGCUGGCUCUGAGAUCAGCUGAUCGUGAUGGGGAUGGCUGCGUAACCGUUGAGGAGCUCCACUACGGGCUCCGCUGCCUCCACGGCUACCGGAGCCUUAUGCAGGAUGCUGCAAGGCUGCUGGCCUCCAUGCCAGUCACCUCCAACCCACGGGAGCUCCAGGCGCUGCUCGAUUCCCUGAACGACAACCUGCCGGUCCAUGCCGCAGAGGCGCAGCUGGUGCUGCGAGAGGCGAAGCUGGUGAGAGGCGAGGGCGUCCGAGCCUCUCAAUCCUGCUCACGGGAAGAGUUGUUGUGGGCCUUAGGCUGCUGGUAUGCGAAUGUCCAGCGGGAGGACACGCAAUGGCGCGAUGUCCUCAUUGCUGCUUUUCGCCGGUGGAUUCCCUCAGACGAGGAGCACCACGGAUACAUACUCCACGAGCUGGCUCGCAUGACCAUGGAUCUGCCCAGAACGCUGCCGAUGCCCAGCCGCUUAGGGAGCCAGCCACGGAAGGAGACGUCCACCAGCCGCGCGAGCCAAGCAUGCAUUCUUCUGCUGGCUGUGGUUCUUCACAUCGUGUACUUCUUGCUGCUCAUCUUUCCCUCGGCCUUCUUCCUGACGAUGAUCUUGCUGGGAAGCGAGCACGGCGACGACCGUUGCCCCUUCGACCUGGACGGGUUGCUUGUGUGGUUUGGCGCAGUCGGGCUGGCAGUUCUGGCGGUGGACUGUGCAAACGAUGGCUGCUCUGAUCAGGAACUUUGGAAACUGGACCUCGCGUUUCGUUGA